GCAUCUGGUGGGUCUGUAGUGUGGUAGUACAAGCCCUCCCUUAGAGUGCUCGGCUGCAGGUCUCGUCUGCCAGAUCUCGUCUCCGGUUUGGAGCGUGCGAAAACUCGGCACGUAGCGCGUGUGCAGAUUGUGGGCCUCCGCGUGCCCAUUGCCCAACUCCCCUUCUGUACCUCAGCCUGCAGUUCAGGUACUAGCACCUGUAUAUGUACUCCCCCAAGUCCCCAAGACCUAGCCAUCACUAUAUCCUCCAAACACACAUCUUUUCUCUUCUCUUCACUUCUCUUCUCUUCUGCAGUCUGAGCUCUCUCUGUCAGAUAAGUUCCCUGAGCUCGGAGAGCUGCUCAUGUAGACCUCGGUGCAGGCGGGAGUCUACACGGAGUCUAUCUGGUAGUAGCUCAGAUGUAUGUGGCGAUUCCGAUCAUGAUGAGUUUCAGCACAAUGUGUGAAUGCAUGUGACUGAUCCGUUUGAAAGAUCAUCGGCGGUGUAUAUGCAGGGAAGUAUGGUUCAGUGAAGUACGAAGUUCGAUCUCGCAUCAGGAGCAUGAAUAUAGUACGGACCGGAGGAAUAAUGUCAGCUGCAGGAAUAUCAGCGGCAGCUGCUGCUAUGUACAGAGUUUGACUCUACUGCAGCAGCAGCAGCAGCAGAAAGCAGCUAGUACUGCUCCAUAAAGACGGGAAGAUGCCACCUAACAUCGAGAUUUUCCCCAUUGGCAGCGACGACAGUCAACGAAGACAUGACGACGGCGAGAAAAUCGUCGGAUAUCAAUCUUACGACCUGAGAGGAAGAGGAAGGACAAGAGUGGAACAUGAAGAGAUGUUCCUUUCAUUGUUGGUACAUCUAUGGACCUUGGAGACCCCAUUGCAACGCUGGGGAUCACUCUGUGUCGUGUGAGAUAUGUGAAAACUGAGCUCCAUGUCUCCCCGUCCAGAGCUGCGAACAUCAUGAUCAAUUUCAAGGAACCAACUACCUUCUGACGGUAAAUUUGGGGCUUCAUUGCAGACUUCUUGGGCAAGUUUCGGACGGUGACAAUGUCGUUCCUCAUAGUCCUCUCAGUACGUGCACUAGCAGUUCCUUCGUCUCCGAUAUAAAGCCAUGCAAACGUCGAGGCUCACAAUUUUCGACCGACUUUUGCAACGACUGUGAUAAGAGUCAGAUUUAUCAAGCGGAAAGAUCCCACAAUGAUCACGAGUUGUGCAACUGAUUCAGCGUAGAAUGCCAGCGUUCGAAGUCUGCAGCUUAUAGUACAGUUGAGCUGUGGAAUCAGUGACGAGCUCUAGCUCAAUUGACUGGUCUAGUACGAUGGUGCGAGGAGGGCUGGACAUUGCUGAAGUUGAGUGUGGCUCAGCCAUCGCUGCGACCAGGCAAGUGUGACCAAAUUCAAGUAAGCAUCUCCGAACCGUGGCAAAUUACCACCUCCGGCAGACCGAUGAACCAUGUUCUGAAAGCUUCGGACGCCGAAUGUUGGCUCCCAGGGCCUGCCUGCUUGCCUGCCUGCCUGGGCAGAGAUUGUGACCGACCUGAAAUGCUCAUUACGAUCGAUGAGUUCCGAGAGUUUAGAAUGUGCCCGCUUCGAUUUCAGGACACUCGAGUCGUGCAAUAGAGUCGUGCAAUUGCACGACUCGAGUGCUCUGACGAUGAGCCGACAAUCCCGACUGUCAGCUGGAUGAUACAAUUCGGGCCGAUCCGCGCAGAUUUCCGGACAAAGCAGCGAUGGCAACUCGGUGAGACCGCAUCGAUCCGUGCAGCAUGUGCACGGGGGCGCAGAUCGAGAUGCCGACGAUUCCGACCUGCAUCGUCCACACUCUCUGCGCGCAGCCCGACGGCAGGCUCGAGCUCUUGUUCCUGCGCCUAUAGAUCGAGAAGCCCGCCGCCGAGGAGCAGGCUCUGAUGGAUCAGAACCUCGAGGUCGACUCUGCAUUCUGUGAAUUUCUUGGGGCCUCCGGUUCCGCCCAUCAUUUCUUCAGUGGACGCUCGACUCGACCGACCGACCGAGCCACGGAGCAGAGCAGAGGCGAGUUGAGCUGAUCAGAGUGAUUCGAUUUGGCUGGGCGGAGGAACAUCAGCUCCAUUUGCGCGAGAGCUGCUCUGGACCUUCCCCCGGCAAAGAAUGUGUCCAUUCGAUGAAGAGACAGAUCCUCCUGUAUCCAGCUUGUAGCGGAUCGCGGUUUACAAGCUUCCAGGAGGAGACAUAAACUCGCGCUUCAGAUCCAGGGAUCAUCCACUCCUUGCGAAAUUUGGAUAGCGCCCUUAAGUCGGAAAUUUCAAAGAGCUCUGGUGGGCACCAGCUGCUGGCGAAUUGCGAAUCACAGAGGAGAACGAGGCCUGGCCUGAGCUGACUUUAGAGUGGAACUCCUCGUGUAAAUUAGCACUCGACAUUUCCGACAUGACUAGAUUUGAACAUCGGUGUUAUACCGUCUAUCCUUCAGGUAUAAAGCUGGUAACCUUUCGACGAGGUUAGCUGAAACUGAAUCCAUUUUUUCCUGAAAACGUUGCUUGACUUGCCCUUGCGGCCAGCAUCCACCUGCUUAAACUCGCACACUUGUGCAAGUGCUGGGCUAAUUGGAAAGACCUCCGCUCUCAAUCAUUUGUCUACCAACAAAAAGCUCCAGCAAUCAGAUUUCGUACAUGUGGGCGAGGAUGAGAGGUAUCUGCUUAAGGGUCAUUCUAGUCGUCGAAAUCUAACCCUGCAGUGUAGCACUGAUUGACCAUCUCCCUCAGAGCACGAGCCUCUACAUUAGGAACACUUCGACAGCCCCAAAUUCUUUCUUCCUCAUAUCUUCGUCCAAAAUUUUCCGAACCUCAUCCGACCUGCCAGCCUUGGUCGUCAUUCAUACCUCAAAUCGAAGUAAUUCUCGGCAGACAUGUUAAGAAUCCACUUCGGUGUUCCUGGUGGAGAAGUCCUGUAUACCUGUGGCAGCUAUUAUCCUGCAGCAUGUCAAGGCAUUUGCGUGAAGGUGCUGUCUUUGUGCUGUGGGUGCAUGAUUUCAAUCUAUUUCCACGCGAAGUUUCCAGCACAAGCCAGUCAAAGUGAAACUAAUAUGCUAAAUCGAGAGGAAAUUAAUUGAUGGGACACGUUGGAAACUAAAUCGUCUUGAAGGGACCCAACAGGAUUCAUUUGACCGGAAGUGACCCAUUCGACGGCCACAGUAAUUAAUGUUCUUAUAACCUACAAAUUUUAUCUAUAGAUUGGGGAGUGUCCGCCACCAUCGGAGUAUUUUGGCGACUCUUUCGCAGCAAUGUCUAAGAAAACUACAGGCACCACGAGUUUGAAUUACUCCGGAUAUGGUCUUGCCGGUACUUCAUGUUCUACUCGAACUAAUCCCAAAUAUUAUUGUAACAUCCCUGACGCUGGGACACUAUGGUAACCAUCUUGUAAAUUAAAACCUGCUGGGUACCAUAAGUGUUUUGAGUUUCCAUCAAAUAAUUUUUUAUGUUUAUCAUUGAAAUAUAUCCGG